UUUCCUAUUUUUGGUUUCAAGGACAUCAUGUGCCGGUGUUCUCUCUUUUAUAUUCCUAUAAAUUCCUGAGCAAAUCAUCGGUGAAUCACCAUCCUUUAUUUAUCUGAGAACAUGAAUAAGCUUUCUUUCUUGUUAUUUUUGCUGCUUGUGGUUUCUUUUGCUUUCGUCAAUGGCGAAAAAUCAAAAGAUGACAAAUCAAAAGAUGACAAAUCAAAAGACGAAAAAUCAAAAGAUAGCAAGUCAAAGCAUGAAGUCGGAAUAUAUGAGCUGAAGAAUGGGAACAUGUCUGUUAAGUUCACCAACUGGGGUGCAUCCGUUAUCUCGAUUAUUCUUCCGGACAAAGAUGGGAAACCAGGUGAUAUUGUUCUUGGAUAUGAUGAUGUGAAAGAGUAUAUGAGCGAUGCUAAUUACUUUGGUUCAGUUCUGGGGCGGGUCGCAAAUCGAAUCUCAGGCGCAAAAUUACCAUUAAAUGGAGCUCAAUUUACACUACCGGCUAAUGAUGGGAAAAACACACUUAAUGGUGGCCCUAAAGGAUUCUCUGAUGUUAUCUGGGAAGUGAAGAAGAUUAAGAAAGAUGCUGAAGAUCCCACCAUAGUCUUUGGUUAUCGUAGCAAGGAUGGUGACGAAGGAUUUCCCGGCGAAAUCAAAGUCACCGUCCGGUACCUGCUUCGUUCCGAUAACCGGUUGAGAGUGCAGUUGAAAGCCAAGACUUUAGACAAGCCUACCCCUGUGAAUCUAGCGACGCAUAUCUAUUGGAACCUUGGUAACCAUGACAGUGGCGAUAUCUUGUCCCAUAAACUUCGGAUUUACGGCCCCCAAUACACCCCCGUCAAUGAAGAACUCAUCCCCACAGGCGCCCUUCAACCUGUACAAGGCACUGCAUACGAUUUCCUCGAGUUGAGACCCAUCGGGAGCGGAAUCAAGGAACUCCAGAAAGGUUACAACAUAAACUACGUCAUAGACGGUCCUAACGACCACAUCAAGAUGAAGAAAACAGCAGUAGUAAAGGAUGAGAAGUCGGGGAGAGUUAUGAAACUGCAUACCAAUCAACCGGGCGUGCAGUUCAACUCCGGAAGCCAGAUCAAUAAUGUGAAGGGAAAAGGUGGGGUUAUAUAUAAACCUCAUGCGGGACUGUGUUUGCAGACUCAAGGGUUCCCGGAUGCAGUGAAUCACCCCAAUUUCCCUUCCCAAAUUAUUACCCCUGAGAAGCCUUACAAGCAUAAAAUCCAUUACAAGUUCACCAUUGCAUCAUCUGACAAAAAAUCAGAUAAGGCAUAACCACCACUUUCCUUCUUUCCUAACAAUGAAACUAUGAGAUUUGAUUUUACCAACUUUUCCGCGUCUUCUUCUUUCAUGUUGUAACAGUUUUGAUUUUAUUUCCGAGUCACAGUUCCCCCUACGGAAAUUCAUUGUAAUUGUUAUAGUAAUUCUUUCAUUUUUGUGAUUUGAUGAUUUAUUCUUUCAUCAAUCAAUUAAAUACUAGUAGUACUUUUUUUUGUUU